CCAACACAUCCACAUUAUUUAUUCCCUUUUAGUUUUUGGCCUGGCCUGGGGUUUAUUCCCUGUUUCAAUUAUUAGGAGUAAAGUGUACGCGAAGAAACAGUAGCAAUCGAAGAAAUCGCAGACGGCGACGAAGAUCAAAACUUUGGGUACACAAUGAUGACGGAACGGGGGGUGCUGUGAUCGCGGACGGUUGAGAUUGCGCAGCUGCGCCCCUGGUUGAAUGAUAACGAUGGUUGUGGUCUGAUUACGAAGACGGUGGAUGUUCAGAUACGAUGGUUGAAGUGGUUCCCCGGCCAACGAACGUGCCCCACGCCUGUCCGAUCUGAUUAGACGUGUCCGGUGGCUGUUCGGUUCAAUCACCAUUGUCUCUUCUGGGCGGGUGCCUAUUUAUUUAUAAAUAGGACCCGAUUCCUCCCCAUUCAAACAUGGGAAAAAAAAAAAAAAAUCCUUGCAUACUUUCUGCACAUUACAUACAUUUGUUCUUUGAAAAUUGGGUAUUCCUAGGAGGUAAACGUUCAAGAGAUCCAAGAGCACCAGUGUGGGGGAUGAAUUUGCUUUAAGAAUAUAGUAUCGUAAUACUAGCCCCGAUUGCCAAUUUCCAGAUGCCUGAAAUUGGUCCAGUGCACUCUUUGAGAAUCUCUCUUCUUAAUCCCCAAGUGUUAGAGCUUGAUUGUUGACAAGUGUUUGAACUUUUCAUACUGACCCAAACAUUCCAAGAGCUGAUGUUGAUGAAGUCAUGCAACUAUAUCAUCACCCGUUUUCCAUGGAUAGCCAAAAAGUGAGGCUUGCUUUGGAAGAAAGGGGCAUCGAUUACACAUCGUUUCAUGUCAAUCCUAUCACGGGCAAGAACAUGGACUCCUUAUUCUUCCGUAUGAACACAAGUGCCAAACUUCCUGUUUUACAGAAUGGUGCACACAUUAUAUACGACACAGUAGAGAUAAUCCAGUAUAUAGAACAAAUAGCAAUUGUCUCGUCUGGUGGCGGUGAAAUCAGCAGUGGCGAAGUUGUUGAAUGGAUCAAUAAGAUACAAGAGUGGAACCCAAAGUAUUUUACACUUUCCCACAUUCCAGACAAGUACUGUCAUUUUGUUUCUAAAUUCACAAGGAGAGUAGCAAUUGCCCGGAUGGCUGAAUAUCCCGAUCUGGCUAGUGCAUAUCACUGUAAGCUGAGAGAGGAAUAUGAGACACAAGACAAUUUAAGAAACCCUGAAGUUUUGAGACGAAGUGGGGAAUAUCUGGUAAGUCUUCUUGAUGAAGUGGAGACAAAACUGGGUGAAACACCGUUUUUAGUGGGGGAAGAGUUCACUAUGGCAGAUGUUUUUCUCGUUCCUGUUUUGGCUCGAUUAGAGCUGUUGAAUUUGCAAGAUGAGUAUAUACAUAGCAGACCAAAUAUUGCCAAGUAUUGGGAAGUGGUUCAGCAGCGGCCAAGUUAUAAGAAGGUGGUUGGAAAGUAUUUUAAUGGCUGGGGGAGGUAUAAAACCCUGUUCAAAACCUGGUAUUGUCUUCGUGUUAGGAGUAUGCUUCGAAGAUAUUAAUUCAUAACACAGCGCGAUGAGGGACAUAGUUAUAAGAAGGUGAUAUGAAGGUAGUUUAGUGGUUUGGGGAAGUACAAAACUCUGACAAAACCCAGUGUUUUCUUUGUAUCAGAAGUAUGCUUGGGAUUUUUUGAAGUACCCCUGAAUGAAUCCAGAUGCGCAUUGGUCAUGGGAAUGAUAUUUUAUGGAAAGGGAAAUCUGGCUUCUAAGAUGUAAACUAGUGAUCUCAAUUUGUACAGGUAAGAGUCAAAUACUAAUAAAUGUACAUAUAUUUUGCGCAGGAUGGAAAUUGGUUCUGUUUUAUUUCA